UAUAGAAAGGUAAACAGGGCACUCUUAUCUCGGAUCCAGGUGCCAAGGGGAGGGCAGGGUAUAAAGAUGCAGGGAAGUGAAGGACGGCCACUAGGACUUGGACGCCUGACGAAAUGAACCUCGCCCUCCUCCUAGUUCUCCUGGCAUCAGGUGAGUUGCAACCCAGUGAAGUUGCGAAUUCCUUGCUUUGCAGAUGCAUUCUGAUCGGCCUGGAAAGAUGGGGUUUUUAGGGGUUUGGUUUUUUUUUUGCUAUUUGGGUGGUUCAAAAAACUUGUGGAUUUAGAGGAAACCAUCUGUAUGUCUGGUCCAGACAAUGGGUGCCUUUAAAAAGCAAAAAAAGUCGUCUUGGUGGCUCCUUCCUCCUUUCACUUUGGAACUCCCCAUUUUUUGCAAGUGAAAUAUUGCAAUCACAAGUAUUUGGAGUGUAAACUGCUGUGUGUGAUUUAAUCUCUGUAAUAUUGCACAAGCCCCUUCAUGGGGGAAAUUUCUAAAAUGUUUUUGAGGUGGUCUGGAAGACAGUUUUCUUGCUUUUCUUUGAAAUCAUUGGAUACAAUUUGCCCCGAGCAAGAGUUUUAUAAUAUUUAAAGCACCCUAGCCUAUGAAUGGUGUUCUGUGUACCUCUUGAAGCAUGGGUGUAUCCAGGAUUUAUGUUGGGGGGGGGAGGACUUUUGUUGGGGGUGCAGAAUCUGCGAUGCGAUUGGUCAGUUAGUUAUUUUUAUUGUUUUACUUGUUUUAGGGGUGCAGCGGCACUCCAUGUACCCAACCCUCUGCUAUGCCCAUGCUCUAAAGUCUUCUCUUUUGUUCCAGCAUUGCAUGCCUUCCCUUCUUGCUUGGCCAGCUGGGAAGCACAACUCUAGCCUGGUAAUCCCCAGACUUGCACGCUGGGGGCAGUUGAAGCAAAGUGAUGCAUUAAAUCUGCCAAAGAGCUCCUAGAAGCCCAAACUGUAAGCCACAUCUCUGUAUGAGUUCCUGCUCCAGCCCUCUCUCUUUCCAGUGAGUCUCUACCUUGAGCAGGCUUCCUCAACCUCGGCCCUCCAGAUGUUUUGAGACUACAAUUCCCAUCAUCCCUGACCACUGGUCCUGCUAGCUAGGGAUCAUGGGAGUUGUAGGCCAAAAAAACAUCUGGAAGGCCAAGGUUGAGGAAGCCUGGCCUUGAGCAUGGCUGGGCCCUUCCAUUGCACCUGCUGCACAAGCUCAGCAGAGUCCUGUGCUUUUACAAGGAGUAUGCCUGUCGCAACUCUGCAUGUCCAGUGCAACCCUGCAUGCCCAGGGUUCAGGCAGGAAUAUUUAGUUUGUUUCUGGCAUUGUUCAUGGCUUGGACAGCUCAGUCAGUAGAGCAGAAGACCCUUAGCUUCAAGGUGGUGAGUUCAAGCCACUGGAACAAUAAAUACAUUUUAAAGAGCAAAGGAACUGAAAUAAAUACAUUUUAAAGAGCAAAGGAAUUGAAAUGCGAUAAUGUGUAAAACGUGCAGGGGUAAUCAAGGCAAUAAUAAAAGAAUCAAUUGAACAAUGAUUAAAUUAUAACAACACAACAAGACGGAAGAAGUAAAAAAAAAUUGAGAUCACACAUGGGUGAAGGGGAACGGGUAUAGGGGAAUUUGAAAUAUUAUUUAUAAUAUAAAAGCUUUAACAUAAAAUUUAUAACUGUGUUGUAUUUGUACACAGCAAAGAGAAGUUUAGAGUAAUUAGGUAUACUUUAAUUUAGUUAAUUAUGCAAUAGGCUUAUGUUAGAAAAUGAAUAUGGAUGUUGAAUUUAAUGUUUGUAAUUUUUCUUUUUUUGGUUUUGGAAAUAAUAAAAAAUAAAAAAAUAAACAAGGAACUGAAAUGCAAAGUUAAACAUACAGCCAUUGAAAAGGUGGGAAUAACUACCUAAAUCCAAAGAAAGAUACGUACUCACAGGAGCUUUCGAAAGGCUCUCUGAUCAUGCAUCGUCCUCUGAGAAGUUUUUGUGUGAGUGUGUGUCGCUUUGUUUCCUAGCGGGCACUGCCCAUGCUGCCGUCCUCCGGAACCUGUGGCAAUUCCGUAACAUGAUCAAAUGCACCAUGCCAUCCAGUGACCCCCUCAGGGAUUACAACAACUACGGCUGCUACUGCGGCUUGGGGGGCAGCGGGACGCCAAUUGAUGCCCUGGACACGUAAGCAGCCAUCUUUCUUAAAGCACUCAAACCCUCUGCUCGGCAUUGUGUAUUCUCAUUGUGAUUUUGAGAUGAGGUAGGUCCCGCUGGAGCAAACGUCCCCAACUGUCUGGCUUCCAAAUGUUUUGGACUACAACUCCCAUCAGGCCUGGCCAGCGCAGCACGAUGGGAGUUGUAGUCAAAGCACCUGAAAGGCAUUCAGUUGCAGAAGGCCAUUUUCUGGGAAGAACCUGCCUUGCCACUCACUCACUCUUUUUUAAAAAUAUAUGUAUAUAUUGAUGCUCUACAGGCUUAUACAUUUCACUAAUUUUACGACCAUUUUAACGUUUCAAAACUUGACUUCCUUCCCCGCCUCUUUCUGUAGUUCUUUAAAUUUAUUUUUAAUAUCUUCUGCAUAUCUGAAAUUAACUCAAUUUGCUCAUUUAUUUAUCUGCUUCAAAUAUAUACACUUAUAAAACUGCAGGUGAUUACAAUAAUCCUGCCAAUGUUCUUAUCUGUUUACAAUUUAUCUGCAAAUAUUCAGCAAACCAUUUCCAUUCUUUUAUAAAAAGUCUGUUGUCUUGACUUCUUAAUUCUUCCGGAUGCCUUGCCACUCUCUGGAUUAGGUAGAGAGCGUGGUCUCUUCCAGCAAGAAAGCUUUCUGAAUUUGUGUCAGGCGCCGGGAGAACCGUUCUGAAUCUUUUUCUUUUUCUUUCUGCUUCCUGAGCAGCUGCUGCCAAAUCCACGACAAAUGCUAUUCCGCAGCCAAGAAGCACCCGGACUGCACUUUCAUCCUGGACAAUCCUUACACAAAGACCUACUCCUACACCUGCUCUGGCACCGAAAUCACCUGUACAGGUAAAUGCACUUCAUAUGCCAUGCUUAGCAGAGGCUCUGGCACAGUUGGUAAUGCACAUGCUUUCUUCCCCGCAAGUGGAACAGAUUCUCUUUCACUUGAGGUUUUGAAACAUAGCUUGGAUGGCCACUUCUCAGGGAUUCUUCAGAUACAAUUCCUGCAUUGUAGAAGACCCCUGGGGUCCCUUCUACCAACUCUACAAUUCUAUGAUUCUAUAACCCUGGAUCUGGUCCCAGGCUUGUGCUGUCAGACCCCCCUUUCCCCAAGCUGGUGCCCUCCAGACAUGGCUGAACUACAACUCCCAUCAUGCCUGCUCUGGCUAAUGGGAGUUGGAAUCCAGCAACACCUGGAAGGCCCGUUUCCUAAUGCCUGGUAUAGUUAAAGGUUUAUGCCAGGGCUUCUCAAACUUGGGUCUCCAGCUGCUUAUGGACUACAGUUCCCAUCGUCCCUGGCCACUGGUCCUGCUAGCCAGGGAUGAUGGGAGUUGUAGUCCAAAAACCAGUUGGAGACCCAAGUUUGGGAAACUCUGGUUUAUUUGUAUGAUUACAAAUCAGAUGUGGUUGGAAAAUAUGUGAGGACGAUACAGAGACACUGGUGUGCGAGCGUUUAGGUCAACUGGAUCUGCCUUACAAGGGGGGUGAGCGAAUGAGGGCAAUUUCAGGCUGAAGGGUUUGUGUGGAUUAGUGGAACCACUGUUGAAGAUCCAGGACACCUAAAAGGAAGCAGCUCUUUGUGCAACACAUAGUUAAUCUAUGGAACUCCCUCCUGCAGGAGACAAUAACAGCCACCAACCUAGACAGCUUUAAAACAUGCAAAUUCAUGGAGGAGGCUAUAAAUGGCUAUUAGCUCUAUUGGCUAUGCUCUGCCUUCACAGUUAGAGACAGUGAUGCUUCUGGCCACUGUGAGAGCAGGAUAGUGGACCAGAUGGGCCAUUGGUCUGAUUCAGCAGGCUUUUCUUAAGUUCUCGUUCAUUCAUUCAUUCAUUCAUUCAAUUUAUAUUCUGCACUUCCUCCCAAAGGAGCCCAAUAGCAAACACAUCCAUCCAUUCUCUCUCCCAAACAUGGGCAUAGCCAGAAUUUAUUUCAGGGGGAACGAUGCAAUUGGUCAAUUAGUUAAGUAUUUUUAUUUAUUUGAUUGGGGGGGGGCAGCUGCUCCCUCUGCACUCUGCUGGCUUUGCCCAUGCUUCCAAACAUUCUAAAAACAGUUUAAAACAUUUUCUCAUCCAGUGAUCUCUCGGUUGCCAGGAACAGUAUUCUUCAACCAACCAGCAGAGGACAGGGAUGUUUUUAAAUUCCCCUUGAAAGUCAGUAACGAGGGAGGCAGGUGCAUCCUCACCAGAGGGAGGGCAUUCCACAAACAUGGAGCCACCACUGAAAAGGCCCUGUCAGGGGGGAGGGGGGUCAGCAACCACUCAUGGCAGAGGCACCGCCACCAAGACCUCACCUGCUGAUGGUUGUUAUCAGGGAAGGGACCUGUUUGGUUAACUUGCGUCCCAAGACACUUACGACGUUAUAUGCUUGUGCUACCACUUUGAAUCAAACUCAGAAGUCCCCUGGUAACUGACCUAAACUCUGGCAGUUUCAAAGGUAUUUGGGGACUGUGUCCCCAGGAGGUCGUGGGCAGUAUUUACUUUCCUAAAAGGGAGAGGGUGGGUUACCUGGGCUCAAGCGCACCUGAACUCCUGAUUCCCCUGUCUUCUCCCAAAUCUUCUUUCUCCAGAAAAGAAUAACGAGUGUGAGGCUUUCAUCUGUAAUUGUGACCGCAGUGCCGCCAUCUGCUUUGCGGGGGUUCCAUACAACAAGGAUUACAAGAACCUGGAUACCAGCAAAUUCUGCAAGUGAUGAACUGGCAACCCAGUUCAAAAGGCCCUUUGCAAGCUCCUCAAGCAGGGGAGCUAUCUGAGACCCGGCUUAAAAGAAAGCUUCGUGCUGCGUUUGUUUGCUGCUGCAAAUUUAGGAGGAUUGUUUCAUGUGAUUUUUUAUGAAGGUGUGCUGGUGGGUGGGUGAUUCCCUGAAAUCCUUUAACUGUGCAAAUAAUAAAUGAAUGAAUGAACGAACAAACAAACUGGG